AAUUCCCCUAGAGAGGGAGGGAGGCCCCCGGCGGCCCGGAGGCUGCGAGCCGCGGCAGGACGCGAGCGCACGCAGGGACGCGGCGGCCGGGGCGAGCCGGGCUGCGGGGGCGGCCGUCGAGAGCGUGGAGCACCCCGCGCGAGGGCCCAGCCGCGUGCAGGCACUCGGAGGCGCCGCCCGCUCGGCCCUGGGAGGGGCCCGGCGCCCGCAGCCCCCCACGUUCGGAGCGGGAUGCGGUGCGCCCGGGGAGCCCGGUAGCCUCGGAUCGCGGCGCUGCACACGCAAUGAUGGAUGAGCCGUGGUGGGAAGGGCGAGUCGCCUCCGACGUCCACUGCACCCUGCGCGAGAAGGAGCUGAAGCUGCCCACCUUCCGAGCCCACUCCCCACUCCUGAAGAGCCGCCGGUUCUUUGUCGACACCUUGACCCUGCUGAGCAGCCACUGCCAGCUCUGCCCCGCCGCCCGGCACCUGGCCGUCUACCUGCUGGACCACUUCCUGGACCGCUAUAGCAUCACCACCUCCAAGCAGCUCUACGCCGUGGCCAUCUCCUGCCUCCUGCUCGCAAGUAAGUUCGAGGAUAGGGAAGACCACGUCCCCAAGCUGGAGCAGAUAAACAGUACGAGGAUCCUGAGCAGCCAGAACUUCACCCUCACCAAGAAGGAGCUGCUGAGCACAGAGAUGCUGCUCCUGGAGGCCUUCAGCUGGAACCUCUGCCUGCCCACGCCUGCCCAUUUCCUGGACUACUACCUCUUGGCCUCCGUCAGCCAGAAGGACCACCACUGCCACAGCUGGCCCACCACCUGCCCCCGCAAGACCAAAGAGUGCCUCAAGGAGUACGCCCACUACUUCCUAGAGGUCACCCUGCAAGAUCAUAUUUUCUACAAGUUCCAGCCUUCGGUGGUCGCUGCAGCCUGUGUGGGGGCCGCUAGGAUCUGCCUUCAGCUUUCUCCCUACUGGACCAGAGACCUGCAGAGGAUCUCAAAUUACUCCCUGGAGCAUCUCAGCACCUGCAUCGAAAUCCUGCUGAUAGCUUAUGACAAUGUCCUCAAGGAUGCCGUCGCAGUCAAGAGCCAGGCCUUGGCAAUGGUGCCUGGCACACCCCCAGCCUCCACUCAAGUGCUGUUCCAGCCGCCCGCCUACGCUGCCCUCAGUCAGCCGACGACGCCGGCCCUGGUGCAGUUCCAGACCCCCGUGCAGGACCUGUGCCUGGCCUACCGGGACUCCCUGCAGGGCCACCGUUCGGGGAGCCUGCUCUCAGGGGGCACUGGCUCAUCCCUGCAUGCCCCAUACCCCACCCUCCAGCCUCUGGACGUGUGUCCCGUGCCCCUCCCCACAUCCCUCAGCAUGCAGAUGGCCAUUGCAGCCGAGCCCAGGCACUGCCUCACUGCCACCUACAGAAACAGCUUCUUCAGCGGGAGCCACGCGUUCCCCACAGGCUGCUUCGAUAGAUAGGGCCCCUUUGGGCCACGCAGGGAGGCCUUGGAGACCCAGGCAGAGGAAGAGGACACUGGCGAGGGAAGCUCAGCGGAGCAAGGCAACUGGGAGGCUGUCCCCGCAGAGCCUCGUUGCCCUUGAAUGGAGAGGGUCCACGCUCUUUUUAGUUAAAACUGACCCAGAGCAAAA